CCCUCUUAAAACGGUUCACAAAGCAAACGUGUUUCUUCACACUUCUCUCCCGGCAACGGAAUCAAAUAGCCACCGACGUUUUCACUUUCCGGCGACGAUGAACUCAUCGCCGGCGAACUGAGCUCGCCUCUCUCCCCUCUCAGUCUCAACCUGUUUCCGUGAGCUCCAUCCUCUUCGUUCCACUUCCGCUCGCCGGAAAAAUCCGCCGGCGAUCGUUACUCCGAUUUUCUCUCCACUCUUCCUUAACUGUUUUCUUACAUUACCUGUUUCAUCUGAUCUUUUUUUAUCGGAUCCAUUUUCGCCGGCGGAAUCAUCAUCGCCGGCGACGUUGAAGCGAAGCUAGUUGUUGAUCAUAAAAUUGGAAAGGAGAAGUUCAAAGAGUUAAUUUCAGUUGAAGAUAAACUGUCAUGUUAGAUCUUAAUCUCAAUGCUUACUCAGCCGAUUCGACUCAGAACGGCGACUCGCCGUCGCAGAUGCUGUCGGAGGAGUUUCCAGAAGGUUCGUGGAAUCAAAUGGCGGAGUCAGGAACUUCGAAUUCCUCCGUCGUCAAUGCGGACGGGUCCAGCAACGAGGACUCGUGCUCCACGCGCCCCGAUGACUCGUUCACCUUCCAAUUCGACAUCCUGAAGGUGGAAGGAGCAACCGACGUCGUGACGAGGGAGCUGUUCCCCGUGAGCGGAGGAGUGGACGGCGGGAACUGGCAGUUGCACGGUGCGGCGUCGUUUCAGCGCUCGGUGGAUCUCUCGUUUGAUCAAGUCCGAGGGAACAGCGAGAUGGUGAAAAUGGUCCAGCCUCAUCAGCAAGUGAAGAAGAGUAGGAGGGGACCAAAGUCUCGUAGCUCGCAAUAUAGAGGGGUCACCUUUUACAGAAGAACUGGAAGAUGGGAAUCCCAUAUCUGGGAUUGCGGGAAACAAGUCUAUUUGGGUGGAUUUGACACGGCUCAUGCUGCUGCUAGAGCGUAUGAUCGAGCUGCGAUUAAGUUCAGGGGAGUUGAUGCUGACAUUAAUUUCAACCUGAUUGAUUAUGAGGAUGAUCUUAAACAGACGGAGAAUUUGUCCAAGGAAGAAUUCAUACACAUACUCCGUCGCCAAAGUACUGGUUUCUCGAGGGGGAGUUCAAAAUACCGUGGAGUAACACUCCACAAAUGUGGCCGUUGGGAAGCUCGAAUGGGGCAAUUGCUUGGCAAAAAGUAUAUAUAUCUUGGGUUAUUCGACAGCGAAGUAGAAGCUGCAAGGGCUUAUGACAAGGCAGCUAUCAAAUGCAAUGGAAGGGAAGCAGUGACUAACUUUGAGGCAAGUACAUACGAACAAGGGAGGAAAUCUGCAGCCAUAAAUGAAUUUGGCAGUCAAAAUCUUGACCUUAAAUUGGGCAUAGCAACCCCAGGACCUGCUCCAAAGGAAAAUCGGGAGCAACUUCAGUUUUCCUCCAUCCCUUACAACAUGCAUGCUGGAAGAAGUUCAAGGGUCGUAACUGAAGAGCGUCCUUCUGUAUGGAAUGGCAUAUGUCCUAGUUUCUUCCCCAAUGAGCAGGAAGGAGCAGAGGGUAUUAGCAUAGAUCCUUCAAAAGGACUCCCCAAUUGGGCGUGGCAAACGCAUGGUCAGGUGAAUACUGCCCCAGUCCCACCAUUCUCGGCCGCAGCAUCAUCAGGAUUCUCAAUUUCAGCUACCUUUCCAUCAACCACCAUCUUUCAAACAAGAUCCACAAACUCAAUUCUGCCGAGUCCAUGUUUUACUCCACCUCAAUAUUAUUACCAUGGUUAAGUCCCCGCAGGCUCCACCCUAGCUUUCCUGGUAACACAGAUGAAACUUGAAACACAAACCAUAGGAAUGAAGAGUGUGUGUGUGUGUGUGUUCAAAAUUCUUUGUAUGAUUCAGGGACUGAUUGGUGUAUACUGAGGCUCGACACUUGAUUGAUACCUCUUGUUAAAACCCUUAUGGCACAUAUUACAUUGAAGGAAAUGCCAUUUUUUAGUGCACUGGUACUACAAUGGUGCUGUCAUUCUCAAAUUAGCUGUUAGCAGUUGAAAUUCAUUGUAUUUUCUCACCAGUCUUGAGACCAUGGGCCCUGAUUGUGCUUCCUAUAAAUGGGAGGAAUGGAAGAGUUUUUUACA